AUGCAUCCGGAAAUCUCUGGAGAUAUCACUUAUCUACCGAUUAAGGGAAGAUCGCUAGAUCUACUAACAGAGGCCGAACUAUGCGAGCGAGCUGAGCUAGGAAUGAUGUUUGCCAAACCCCCCUACAGUGAAUUGACUGGAGAACAUGGGUUUCAGGCUGUACUUGAAACCCCUUUUGUUCCCCUCCCCAGUGUUGAUUUUGCUGGUCCGGCAGUUCAAAUUCACGACCAAGACAACGAAGUCUUGAAAUAUCUCCGUUUCAAGUACCUCAAAGAGUCAAGGGAGAAAAAUGUAGACGUUGAAUUGAGAAAUGUUCGCUGCCUUAUUGAUUGGUCUACAGACAUAUCUAUUGCCCUAGAAUCAGUCGUUGGGAACAACCCCGGGACAAUGGAACUUAUAGACGUCGGGAAUUUGACUCUUGGGGAACUUCUAUUAGAUGAACAAAAGCUUUUUGUUGGUAUCCAGAUUAUCAAAAUUCAUAUACAUGGACGCCCAUACAUACAAACCGUAAAGGUGGCCAAGGAGCUUUUCCCCGGUCAUCAAGACAUUGGUAUCGACAUUGUGUUGGGUAAAGAUUUUUUGGAUACUUGCCCCGGGCUUGCCUUACAGCCAGUGCUAUCUGGGGGCUCGCUUGAAUUUAUUCCGUGGGAUCAUGGUGGCCAGGAAAUUAAUUCUUAUAAAAGCGCAUUCACCGUCAACGAACGAGGCGAAUUGUUGGUAUACAUUUGUAGCCGCUCAGAUAAAGAAAUCUCUAACCCGCAUGCACGCACAUUAGAAGAUUCUGGGAAACCUCUGGGUGAGAAGGGAGCAUAUGGCGUCUUUUUCGGGCAAAAUUCUCCUUGGAAUAUGUCUUUACUUUCCACAAUGAAAGGUACUCCAGUCAAUGAUACAGCGUUGAUAGAAGGCAUAAUAGCUAUAUCAGACCUCUUGAUAGAUGGAGGAUUUAUCUUCGGGAAUCCUACCUUCUCUUCUAUCAGAGUUUUUACAGACUCUUCAUUGGUUGUCGAAUUACUAAAUUCGGAUUCGAAAAUUGAGGAAUACGAAAAAAAAGGGUGGACAAAUAAGGCAGGUGUUAAAUUAGGCAUUGCUGGGCCUUUGACGAAGUGGGCUGAUUCGAUUCGCGAUCGGUACAAAUCAGUCUGCCAUAUUCCAUGGGUGAAAAAAGAUCUUUUCAUCUUUGAAAGGGUUGACAAAAAACGAAAGGGGCUUCAGGCUGCCCGCCACCUGGCCUCAUCUGCCCUAAAAGCAGACUUCUAUUAUUGUAACAAAGAUCUUGGUGACGUUCGAAAUUCUAGCAGAGAUAUAUCUGGUUGGGAGGAGCUGAGAUCAUCUGAUUUUCUAUACAUGAUCGUUCCCAGAGUCACCUGUGGUACAUUUAUGAUCAAACAAAAAAUCUCCGACUUUCUUGACAGUCGUAUUCAAGCAAAUGCAAAGGCUUCUCAAGAAGAUGUGGAGGUGCAUCCUAAGCCACACUCCACACAAAAGUUAUUUAUAAGUUACUUUCAGCCUGAGGGCUCUUAUGACUUUGACUCAAUUAUUUUCAACCUUACAGCCUACCGUAGGCUUAGUGCUAUGAAGAUUCUUGAGACUUUAGAUAGCUCAUUUACGAAAGAGGUUGUGAGAAUUACAAAAGAAAAGAGAGGAUUACCGGAUUCUCUUGAAUUUUUUAGAGAAGAUGACGGGAAGAUUCACUUCUUUCAUAGGGAUCCAGACACACUUUCACGACCGCCGAAUGAAGAUUCAGUUUUAACCGAUAUGCUUAUGGGUGAUUACUCCUCCAUAAAAAAUAUCCUAGCGCUUGAAGCGCAGAACGUACGAAGCUGA